AAGUAAUAGGGUAGGUUUUUGAUUAAUGUGCCCUGAAGUGGCAGAAGAUUCCAGGGAUGAACCAUCAAGGCGUGGCCAAUAACAAUUCGUUAAAGGUCUACUGCAUACCUCGUACAGCAAUUAUGACCAAUUAUAUUUCUGGAGUUCCCUCUUCUUCGGUCGCAAUAAAAAUUGCAAAACGUGAGGCUUUGCAUAGCUGGGCUGAGUAGCUCGUAACACCAAACCGGCCACUUACAUCCACGAUUUUCGAUAUCGUAUCGGUCACGAUAGUAGUAUUCAUCCGAAUUUUCGUAGGGCUGAUGUUCUGUGCCGACCAAGGACAUAAGAAGGUUGUAUACCACCAAUCCAUCCAAUGGAUGUCAGCUAGGUUGGAUCGGGGGCCGGAAUGUUUAAGACAUGAGCUUCUAGAUAAGGUGGCUACUCCUCAAGUCGCCAUGGUUCAGCAGCUAUGUCUUCGUCUCAUCCGGUAUUCCUGGAAAGCCUAUUACCAGGAUGCGUUGUCCACCUAACCCACGUGCGAUCAUCCGUUUAUCGUCCUGCUAUAUCGCUCUUCAACUAUUCGUAACCUGUUACGCCAGCUCCCUGUGCAGUAUCGUGAACCAUAGGUCUGCUAUCGUAGGCGAUCGUUUCUUCUUCUCGAGUGGCAAUUAUACCUUCGACGAUGGACAAACUAUGCGUAAUACGUCGUUACUUUAUUGGCUCCGUCUCAACGAGACGAUUGACGUAUCAGGCCCUAUUGAUAUGUCCCAGCUAGGUUCGGUCGAUCUACCAAGUACUAGUCUUGUAAACAACAGGGGUGGCUCUGCCGGGACGUUCUUCUACGAUCAUACAUCCCUGUAUCCGUAUGCCGGGAUGAUCGGACCGGACGCGGAUGGGAUAAAUAAUUCCUUAUGGUCUUUUAAUACGACGGACGAUACGUGGAACCUAGCCCAAGUCCAAGGGGGUAAGAUCUCGUUCGGUACCAACAGCGAGGGCGUAUAUGCUAGCGAUCCAAGCACGGGCACCUCUUUCUAUACCGGCGGCUGGGUGAUGGCUUUCAAUAACACGAAUAACGGCACCGUCAAAUUCCAAUCCUUCAACUCCGCUUCACCCCAGUGGACUUUCGAGACCGCCACCACAGGUAUUCAGGGACCUAAUAUCCUUAAAGGCACUAUGGUGCAUCUGAGAAAGGGUCAAGCAGGUGUGCUUCUCGCUUUCGGGGGAUACCAGACAGCUUACCCAGGUACCAGGACCGCGCAGUGGUACUGGGAUCAACGACCUUUCAGCGAUAUAUUCGUCUACGACAUCUUCUCAAACGUAUGGUAUCUGCAGGAGGCCACCGGCGAUAUCCCCAGCCUCCGUACGGACUUUUGCGCCGGCGUCUCGGUAGCACCGGACGAUUCCAGCUUCCAGGUCACGAUCCAUGGGGGUUGGGACGAAUUUAACGGACGUGCUUACGACGACGUAUAUGUGCUGAGCAUCCCUUCGUUCCGUUGGAUCAAAAUUAGCGACACCCACAACCCAGACUUGCUCGGUCCUGACUCCCCUGGCCGUAACCGGCCCAAGUGCGAUGUGUGGAACGGGACACAGCUCAUAGUAUCAGGGGGGUUUAUUACAGUCAAUACCGGCGCGGAUAACUGGAAAAUACUGAAUAAAAGAUGCAAUAAGACAUACCCGCCGUUUAAGGUCUUAGAUACUUCAUCAUAUACUUGGCGGACGAGCUUCGACCCUAACUUGGAGUAUUCGGUGCCACUCUCGGUAACAACUAUCAUAGGGGGAGACUCUUCCGGAAAUGCGACCCUCAACACACCUUCUACGGGUUGGAGUUCCGAAGACCUAGAAACUAUAUUCAGCAAAACAGUACCUAGAGACACGUAUGAACUGGUCAAAAAGGGACCUAAUGUUUCAGCUUCUACCCCGUCCCCUUCCCCGUCAUCUGAGCCUGGCGAUAUCAAUAAUAGCUUAAGCCAGGGUGCUAUCGCAGGAAUCGCCAUUGCAGUCAUCAUGGGCGUCAUUAUCAUCCUCGUAAGCGUACUGGUAUGGCUGGACAGGAAACACACCCCGAUUCCGAGGAAGAUGGUGGAAACUGCGAAUAUAAUAGCAAUGACGGAUAGUCAAUGGCAGAAGCCGGAGCUCGAGGGUUGUCAUAAUGCACGACACGAGUUGGGUAUCUCAGAACCUCGACCACAUGAGGUACACAGUGAAGGGAUAUCGAGAUGCGAAUUGCCGGGAAGCGCCCCCUCUCUUGCGGAACUACCUUGCGCUUAUCACCCAGGCUAGCCGCCAAUAGCUUCCAACGGCUUGCUUGGGGUUCCCUGGAUAGAAUUCUGAUCUUGCGAGAGCCAUUCUAGAUACUUGGCUACUGGUCCUUCAAUCUUUCAACUGACCAUACCCUUGACAGCUGCUAUGGUAGGGAUAAGAAGCGUCAUAUGAUGCGAUGUUUGGGAUACUAGAGCGACGUGGUGGGCGAAUGCAGCUGAUAGUACACGAUGCUGGU